AUGGAAGCCGUUGCAAGCGUCAUCACCAUCGCUGGCCUAGCCUACACCCUUCAGAAGGUCGUGCACGAGAUCAAAGAGGAGGAUGAAGAAGUCCAAAGGCUGGAACGUAAAGUUGAACGGCUGAUCGCUGUGAUUGAUGAAGUGAAGAGGCUAUAUGGAUCGCAAGAGACCCGGCCUUUCGGUUCGACAGACGAAUCUGAGACCGCCAAUGUCCGUGCUCUCGUAGAAGAUACCACGAAAGCUUGUGGUGACGACCUGAAACGAUUUCAAAAUGAUCUAUACGAUCUCAUGGAGAAGAAACCGACCUUUGGGGAUCCCUUAGUCAGAAGAUGGAGGCAGCGACAUGCUGCUCCAACUUUUGCUCGGCUCGAGAAACAAAUUGAAGGCCAUCAACUCUCACUGCAACUCCUGAUCAAUACUGAGCAUGGCCACAGUCUGGCAGAGACUAGGAAGGCCAUGGCGAAAGGAUUCGCAGCAGUCCUCGCAUCAAAUGGCCUGAUGUUCACCAAGCUUCAAGAACUUGCAGAUCCACCGCAGUCCUUGGAUCGGCGGGACACAGAAGCUACCCUUGUACCUGCACUCGACGAGACCGAGGAGGGGGAGCAGCCUGCCUUCGUGUUUGAAAGUGACAAUCCCCUUCAUGAAUUCCUGAAAGGGUUAUUUGCUGUAUGGACUAAGGACGUGAAAACUGAUGACAGCUUCACCGAUCCGGUCCCGCCUCCAGACCGAAGCGGUGAACACCUCACACCUGGAAAUCAGCACUCUUCUCUCAACGUGAAAGAUUCACAUUUCGACGACUAUCGAGUGAGACUAGGACAAGAAAGGAGAAUAUCUUCCCCGGGAGUUGAUCCGGCCAACAAGGAUUGUCCAUUGACACCGUCAAUGUCAUCGGCUUCGAAUGGAUCUCGAGCUUCCCGCUUAUCAAAUGCCUCGACGGUAACAACAAGUACUAGCAGAAGUUCUAUCUCAGCGUCUUCUCAGCCCUCCCAUCUCGAUCAGAAGCGUGGUAGAGCUCGACAGUCUGUUGAAAACAGGAAGAAUAGGCGCGCUCCCCACAUAAACGUUGAUGAGCCCACGGAAGAAGAUCGGAACAGCUGCGACUCUAAAGACGUAGGGAAAGGAUUUGAGCUCCUCCAACAUGUGCAAGGAGGCUCUAUUGAGCAUGUUGAGGCCCUCAUCGCGGACAAUGCUAGUUUAGAAGAGAUUGACGACAAAUACGGGAGGACGCCCUUGCUGCACGCCACAUACAAAGGCAGGAAAGAUGUUGUAGAUCUGCUUUUGCGGAAGGGAGCAGAUUUGCAAGCUCAAGACAAUCAACAGAGCACAGCCUUACAUCUCGCGAUCAGGAGACCGUCCGCCCAUGGGAUAGUGCCUGCAUUAAUCGACGCCGACAACAGGUUUCAACGGGAUUCGCGUGAAGAAUUCGAGAGACUGGUGAACAUUGGUGACAAAAUUGGCAGAACCCCGCUUCACGAGUGUGUACGGCUUGCUGCAUCAACGGAAACAACGAUCGACGUAACCAAAUUACUGCUAGCGGAGAGCCCUGACAUCAAUGCUCUAGAUGAUCAAGGUCUCCCACCCGCAUUCUACGCACUCGACUCUCGCAAAGUUGACAUCGUUGAUCUCUUGCUCGCACACGAAGAAAAGGCCGAAUUCGGUUCGUUCUCAUGGCCAGAACCAGACAAAAUCACCAAAGAAAUUGCGCGCUCCUUGGAGAGCAAAGGCUACACGAGGCCUGAAACACGUAGUAAAGAUUCAAGACAGAGCAUUGCGAGUAAGAGACCAAGUGUAGGGCGCUCCUCACCAUCGAUAUCCAAGAAGACCAGACAGCUUUCUGUAAGGUCAUCUUAG